CAGACUUUUUCAAUCUGUAUCUAUGAUGUUAUCUUCCCCCGAGGAAAAUAAUCCCACAGUAGGCCUAUUGAUAAGACGGAAAAAACCCUCCUCAGCCUAUUAUGUCAGCCGAGGACGACACCAAGAGAGGUUUUGUCCCCCGAAUAUCUCAACUGGACUCCAUUCUCCUCACAGAUGAAGCUUAUUCUCUAAUUAAGAGCCAGGUGUUAACGUGUGUAAAAUACGUCGGUCAGAAUUACCUGACGAGGCUGGAACCCGAGAUCGAGGCGGGACUUCGUUAUAUAUUGCUUCGUUAUACAGUCCAGAAGGCGAGGCGUUCGGUGGGACAGCAGCUCCUACAGAUUAGAUAUGAGGACUCGGUUUCCUUGACGAGGUUGAGGAAUUAUGUGUAUUUGUUGGUGUUUGGGAGGUGGGUGAGGCAGAGGGCUGGUGAUCUGGCUGCGGGGAUUUUUAAGAAGGAAGGAGCGAGAGUUCUUGCAAGCCAGUGCGUAAAUCUGCUUGAAAUACUGUACAAGGUGGCGGAGGUGUUGAAUCUCCUGGUGUUUCUUCACCAAGGUGUGUAUCCGUCUGUCGUUGAAAGAGUGCUGAGGCUGAAACCUGUGUCUUCGAAUGUUAGAAACGUGCGGACGAUAUCGUACGUAUAUUUCACGAGAGAACUGCUGUGGCACGGAUUUGCGGAACUUAUAGCUUUUGCUCUGCCGUUUAUCAACCUGCAGUAUUUUCACAACGUGGUCAGAAAAAUGCUACCAAGUUCUGUUGAUGACGAUGAAGACGGAAAUGAAGAACAACAGGAAAUCAGUUUUAAUCACCAAACCACUUGCGUCGUCUGUAACAGUCCUCCCAUUUUACCGCACAGUUUUGGAUGUCAACAUUUGGCCUGCUAUUACUGUAUUCAUUCCAGUUAUGCUUCAGAUCCUUCAUUCAGUUGUCCUCUAUGCGAUCAUACAAUAGAGAGCAAAGUACAAAUUAUUCCUAUGUAUACAAAGAGUUGAUCCAGAGCCAGUGUAGGUCAUGUAUAUUUUGAUAUGACAUUAUAUUAUUGUAUUUUGUUUACAUUUCUAGUUCUUGUAAAUAUGGAGUUUCUUAUAAAAUGGCAUUGAAAAACAUUGUUAUACAUGUUACAAUGAAUAUUAUUCUCCUUUUAUGUGAUGAAAAUCAAACAUAUAAUGUAGGAUAUUUCCAUUAAAUUUUUAUCAAAU